CCUGUCUAGAGCAGGAUGUGAAGCGGGUGGGAACUGCUGUUAAGCGCGGUUUAAAGUGAGUUUUUUGCUAGUUCGGCAGCAAAACAGUAAACUUUACAAAACAGUAGGUCUUUUCUUGUUAGCAAAAUAGCAGCAAACUACGUCUCAACGCCGUUUUAUUUUGUUAUCAUUAGGUAUAAACUUUUGCGCGCACUGUAUGCGUGCGCUCAUGCAUUCGCAGUGACUCGGAUCUCCGUCUGUUUGCUUUCAUUAUGAGAGAGAUGCUGCAGUAGCGGUCCAACAGGAGUGCUCUUACUGCAGAAGAAAAAAUACAUAGUUUUAUUGUUUGACGACUUCGACUGGGAAAAGAAGAACAUAGAAACCCGAAACCGUCUCCCUUUGGCUUUUUUCGCGUUUUUUUUUUGCUUUUCCCAUUUCUAGGCAACUUUUUUUUUAAGCCGCGAUAUCUUAGGGAAUUUGUCAUUAGCUACAUUUAUACUGUCGGCAUGUUAACAGCGCUUAAAAGGUCUGGUUGUAUUAAGUCGCAUAAGUAACCGAGAAACGCAUAUACUUUUUGAGUGAUUCGGAUAUUUAGUGUCCUAAUUUCGGACAGCUCGCUCCAAGGUCCUUCUCAGCCUUUCUGUCGUAUUUGCAUGGCGAUGGCCGGCCGGACGGAGCCCCUCCAUGAAGCGGCGGCUCUGAGCCGCAACUCCCGAGUCGCAAUCCGAGGAAUCAGGAUGAAAUUUGCCCUCUUGUAUAGUUUAGUGGAAGCUGGACAGGUUUCUAACAGGGACAUUGUGGAAACUGUCCUUAAUCUGCUGGUUGGCGGACAGUUUGACCUGGAGAUGAACUUCACCAUCCAGGAGCCGGAUGGCGUGUCCUGUAUGGUGGACCUGCUGGACAGAUGUGAGCCUGCCUGCCAGGCAGAGCUGUGGAGCACUGUGACGGCCAUGCUGAAGAAGAGCGCCCUCAACUUGCAUGUGUGUGCCACCGCGGGUCUGACGGAGCUGCUGCUGGCUCGCCUCGCACAGGCCAACUCCGCUGUCGUCGAGCCGUUGAUUGAUGUGCUGGCAGUCCUGACCCGAUACAGCAUCACUGUGAAGGAGCUGAAGCUACUUUUCAGCAAACUGCAGGGAGAGGACGGCAUGUGGCCACCACAUGCGCUGCGGCUCCUGUCCGUCCUGAAGAGCAUGCCCUGCCGGAGUGGGCCAGACUCCUCCUUCAGCUUCCCUGGAAAAAGUGUCUCGGCCAUAGCUCUGCCCCCCAUCGCCAAGUGGCCUUACCAGACUGGCUUCACCUUCCACACCUGGCUGUGCCUGCACCCAGCGCCCAGCGUCAGUGUCCAUCAGGACAAGCUUCACCUCUACUGCUUCCGCUCCAGCCGGGGGCAGGGCUACGCUGCCCACUUUGAGGGGCAAGGCCUGAUCGUCACCUCGCUCAAGGCCAAGGGGCAGAGCUCCCAGCACUGCAUGAAGUACAACUUCAAGCCGCAGAAGUGGUACAUGCUCACGAUUGUGCACAUCUACAACCGCUGGAGGAACAGCGAGAUCUGCUGCUACGUGGACGGGGAAAUGGUGUCCUGCGGGGAGAUGGCCUGGCCACUCAGCACCAGUGAUACCUUCGAUAAGUGUUUCCUGGGCUCCGCGGAGACGCUGGACGCUAACCAGGUGCUCUGCGGCCAGAUGGGGGCGGUUUAUCUCUUCAGCGAAGCUCUUAAUGCGACGCAGAUCCUUGCCAUUUACCAGCUGGGGCCCUCAUACAAGGGAGCAUUUAAAUACAAGUGCGAGAGUGACCUGGUCAUCAGCGAGCAGCAGAGGGCGCUGCUGUACGACGGGCGGCUGUACGGCUGCAUCGCUUUCACCUACAACCCACGGGCCACUGAUGGGCAGCUCUGCCUGGAGUGCUCAGGCCGGGACCGGCCCUCUCUGUUCCUCCAUCCCCCUCACGCCCUCAUGCUGCAGAACACCAGAGCGAUGGUGAGCCACUCUGUGCAGAGUGCCAUCCACUCCCUGGGGGGCGUGCAGGCCCUCUUCCCUCUCUUCAUGCAGCUGGACUACCUGCAGGACCCCAGCGAUAUGACGGACACCUCCGUCUGCUGCAGCCUGCUGGCCUUCCUCAUGGAGCUGUUGAGGAGCUCCGUGGCCAUGCAGGAGCAGAUGCUGGCCUCCAAGGGCUUCCUGGUGAUCGGCUACGCUCUGGAGAAGUCCUCCAAGGAGCAUGUGACCUUGGCUGUGCUGGACCUGUUCCUGGCCUUCUCCCGCUACCUGAGCGGCCUGCAGGGCGGCCAGCUCCUGCUCAGGCAGCUGUGCGACCACAUCCUGUUCAGUCCCGCCAUCUGGAUCCAUGCACCGGCCAAGGUACAGAGAAACCUCUACGCCUACCUGUCCACCGAGUUCAUCAGCACCGAGACCAUAUACAGCGGCACCCGCAAGAUGGGGACUGCACUGCAGGUUAUGCACACAAUCAAGUACUUCUACUGGGUGGUUAACCCGGAGGACCGGAGUGGGGUCAUGCCCAGAGGCCUCGAUGGUCCCCGUCCCAGCAGGAAGGAGAUGCUGUCCUUGAGGGCUUUUCUCUUGCUCUUCAUCAAACAAUUCAUACUAAAGGACUUUGGGACGGUGGAUGAAGUGCUGGACAGCAUCCUCAGUCACCUCCUCACCCUGCACGAGGAGGAUAACUUAAUGGACGUGCUGCAGCUGUUGGUGGCUCUCAUGGCCGAGCACCCGGCCCACAUGGUCCCGGCCUUCCAGCGGCAGAGCGGAAUCCGAGUGGUGUAUAAGCUGCUCGCCUCCGACAGCGACGCUGUCCGAGUUCAGGCCCUGAAAGCGCUCGGCUACUUCCUGCAGAAUCUGGACCAUAGGAGGAAGGCGGAGGUGAUGGUCGCUCACAACCUCUUCUCUCUGCUGUCGCAGCGACUGAUGCUGCACGCAGACCGCGUGACCAUGACCACGUACAACGCCCUCUAUGAGAUCCUCACGGAGCAGAUCUGCACUCAGGUGAUCCACACACCGCACCCGGACUCCAACUCCUCCGUGAGGAUCGUGAACCCGCAGGUUCUGAAGGUCAUCACUGAGCUGCUGGACGGGUCGCCACCGUGCCCCGCUGCCUUUGAGGUGCGCCGGCUCUUCCUGUCCGACAUGAUCAAGCUGUUUGGUACCAGCUGGGAGAACCGGAGGAGUCUCCUGCAGUGUUCCCUCUGGCAGAAAUGGCUGCUGUCCCUCUGCCGUGUCCAACCCCAGAGCAGCGAGGAGCAGAAGAUCUCUGAGAUGGUCUACACCGUCUUCCGCAUCUUACUGGGCCACGCCAUCAAGCACGAGUUGGGGGGCUGGCGGGUGUGGGUGGACACCCUGUCCAUCACCCACACCAAGGUAGCUUCUGAGAAGCCAGACAUCACGUUCCAUGAGUGCCAGAGGAUGGCGGGGGGCGAACGCGGAUCCAGUGAAACCAGCAUCAUCUCUGAGGGCCGCGUCCCCUCUACUGGGGCCCCAACAGGUCCUGGCCCAUCUGGCACCAUGCAGGCAGAGGUGGCGAAGCCACUCAAUAUGGCCAGCACCCCAGAUCUGAAGCCUAUUGAUAAGGCUGCAGAGCAGCGCCCACUUGUCAAUGAAGGUGCAUGCGGGGCUAUGCGUUCUGGGCUGUCCUCACCAGAUGUCUCCCAUCAUGGAGAAGGACUUCAGGGAAAGCCGGCCGUACCCGCAGAUGCUGAGAUGAUUACGGAUGUCAAGCGAGCAGGUGUCACUGAGAAUAACGGAACUGAAACUGAAGACCUGGGGAGCAUCUCUGCUCAGACUAAGGUCAGCCGUGAAAGUUCAGAGGAGGGAGAUGGGGGUGAAGAGGAGAGGCGACGUUUGGGGACACCUUGGGCAGCCCGAGUGACCAGGCCGGAGGUGUCCGGUGUGGCCUCUGACUCGGCGCGACUGAAGGGGCUGGCUUCGGCGGACUCUGCCUUGGGUCACGAGGAGGAAGCCAGUCAAAGUUCUGAAGGCAGAACCACAGGUGUCCCGGAGCUGCAGUGGUCCCACAUGCACCAGAGGCUGCUGUCUGACCUGCUGUCCUCUAUCGAGACAGAGGUGCAGGCCUGGAGGAGCCACUCCACCAGGUCGCUGUUGGACCCUGAGAACCUGGUCUUUGUGCGCAACUCCAUCCAUGUCCUGCUGCAGGUGGUGGACACCAUGGUGGUGGGAUGCGGCCACAUUCAGGCCCUGCUCUCAGCUGCCACCUUCGCCACUGCCGGUCCGGAGAGCGUGGAGCCGUUGCAGGGCAUGUCUGAUGCUGCCACAGUGGCCUUCCUACAGCGCCUGCUGAGCUUGGCAGACGUGCUGCUGCUCUCCAGCUCGCUGAGCCUGGCCGAGCUCGAGGCCGAGAGGAGGUUGUCUCCAGGGGCCGCACUGAGGCAGAGCCUGCGCCUAGUGUGCACUGUGGCCGUCUGGAGAUACCUGGAGCGCCAGCAGGUCUCCUGCAGUGACAGCAGCAGCCCGAAGCUCCUCGCUGGAGCCGUGGGCCCACCGGGAGCCCAUCUCCUGCAGGACUCUGACCUACCUGGCGACGAGCAGAACGGCCUGUUACGGGAUGUGGAUUUGGAGCGCCUUCGCUCCGUGGUCUUCAGGAACUUUGAUGACAGUCAGCAGGCGCAGUUCUUGGCGCUGGCCGUGGUCCACUUCAUCUCUGUCCUGAUGGUGUCCAAGUACAAGGACCUCCUGGAACCGCACAAGGGCGGGAAGGGCAGAGAUGUGGGAAUAGCACCCAGUUGUCCCCCCAUCACACGGACGGAGUCUAGCUUGGGGCAGGAGAGGGCUUCCCCCACGGGGGGUCAUGCCGAGGAGUUGGACGCUGUCAGGAAAGUCCUGGGCUCUCUUUCCUCUGAGGUGAAGCAGCAGAGAGAGAUGGCUGCCUGUUCAUCUUCCUCCUCACCUCGCUCUUCUUCCUCUCAUGGGGGAAGGUGCUCCAAUGUGAAGGAGAUCCUGCGCAGCCUGGUUGGGUCCUCGACGCAGGACAUCUUGGUGGACCCCAGCCUGCCUUCCCUCUCCUUCCUGGAGGCCAUGGGACACGCACCCCAAAGGGGCACCUGCUCCUUGGAGAGGAGUGGCUCAGUGCAGCCCAGAAAGACCCUGCCCCCCUUUGGUCCCACCUCUGCUUCUUCUGAAAACUUCCUCGGACCCCCCCAUAUUGGCAGUGCCGCUGUGAAGCCUAUGGGAGACGCGGAGCCUAUUGAGGGCGGGUGUCCCAGCACAAAGCCACCGCCCACUUCCCCAGCAACUCCGACCGCUACCCAAGACUCGGCCUUCGGUAUGAGUGUCUCCAGGAGGCUGGAGCUGGUCCUGCGGAGGCCCGCCACCCUGCUGAGGGAGAUCUUCGUGGACUUCGCGCCCUUCCUAUCUCGCACUCUGCUGGGCAGCCACGGUCAGGAGCUACUGGCCGAGGGAACUAGCCUGGUGUUUCUGCAGCCUCACGGCUCUGUGGUCGAACUCGUCAUGCUGCUGUGCUCUCAGGAAUGGCAGACAUCCAUCGAGAGGAACGCCGGGCCUGCUUUCGCCGAGCUUGUCAGCGAGGGCAGACUGCUAAACGACACCAUUAACGAGCACCUCCUGCGGGUGGCCAGCGAGGCUGAGGUCAUCUUGAGCCACCAGCAGGACAACGACGUUCGCAAGCAUGCUGACUUCGAGGCACAGUGUGCACAGCACUCCGCGGAGAGGCGCGCUGAGGCAAGCGCACGCCAUGGCCUGAUCGCAGCAGCAAGGCACCGGGACCAAGCCUUGGCCGCACAGCUGGUCCAGAAGAUCACACGCGUCUUGACGGAGCAGAGCUCGGCCCGGAGUGGCUCCUCGCUCAGCCAAUCCCGCCACUUCUGGCGCCUAGACCCCUGGGAGGACGACCUGCGGCGUAGGAGACGCCUGGUGUGGAACCCCCUGGGAUCGACGCACCCUGAGGCGGUGCUCAAGGCCACCGCCGAGGACGAGGAAGAUGCUCUGAAAGGCGGAGAGUCUAUAAGGAGACAAACCGUAAGACAACACAGCAGGCCGACUGACGGGGUGGGAGACGGAGGCGAAGAUGCCCUGUCAUCUCUGGAGGAGAAGGACCCGGCAAGCCUAACAGGCACGGUGCUCUUUAGCGCGGACGCUCAGCUGGUCUGCCCCGCGGGAGUAUUUCAAGGCACCCUGUCAGUCACGGCCUCAGAACUCUACUUUGAAGUGGAUGAAGAAGAGCCUAGUUUCAAGAAAACCGAUCCAAAGAUCCUGGCUUACACAGACGGCCUUCACGGGAAAUGGCUCUUCUCCGAGAUCCGGGCCGUGUUUUCCAGGCGCUACUUGCUGCAGGACACUGCCCUGGAGGUCUUCCUGGCCUGCAAGACUGCCGUCAUGUUCAACUUCCCGGAUGCAGCCACUGUGAAGAAGAUUGUCCGCCAUCUGCCCUGUGUGGGUGUGGGCAACACCUACGGACACCCUCAGAGCAGGCGGAUGUCACUGGCCAGCCCCAGGCAGCUCUUCCGGACGUCCAACAUGGCCCAGCGCUGGCAGCGUGGGGAGAUCUCCAACUUCGAGUACCUCAUGUUCCUCAACACCAUCUCAGGCCGGACGUACAAUGACCUGAACCAGUACCCCGUGUUCCCCUGGGUCAUCGCUAAUUACGAGAGUGAGGAGCUGGACCUGGAGCUGCCUAGCAACUUCAGGGACCUGUCCAAGCCCAUGGGCGCCCUCAACCCAAAGAGGGCGGCCCUCUUCUCUGAGCGCUUCGACACCUGGGAGGACGAGCAGGUUCCCCGCUUUCACUACGGCACUCACUACUCCACCUGCAGCUUCACCCUCAUGUGGCUGCUCCGCCUGGAACCCUUCACUACAUUCUUUCUGAACUUCCAAGGAGGGAAAUUCGAUCAUGCCGAUCGGAGCUUCUCCUCUGUGUGGCGGGCCUGGAGGAACUGCCAAGAGGAUACGUCUGACGUGAAAGAAUUGAUCCCGGAGUUUUAUUAUCUCCCAGAGAUGUUUUACAAUGCGAAUGACUUCAACCUGGGCGUGAUGGAUGAUGGUACAGUGGUCUCGGACGUCCAGCUUCCGCCGUGGGCCAAAUCUCCUGAGGACUUUGUGCGCAUAAACCGGCUGGCCCUGGAGAGUGAGAUGGUCUCCAGGCAGCUCCACCAGUGGAUAGACCUCAUCUUUGGCUUCAAGCAGCAGGGCCCGGAGGCAGCCAAGGCCCUCAAUGUCUUCUACUACCUGACCUACGAAGGCGCUGUCAACCUGAGCACCAUUACGGAGCCACGGGUCAGAGAGGCGGUUGAGGCCCAGAUCCGUAGCUUUGGACAGACGCCCAGCCAGCUGCUGAGUGAGCCCCACCCUCUGAGGGGCGCUGCUGUGGCCGUGCCCCCGUCGAUGUCCUGCAAGCAAACGCAGAGUGGCGUGAUCAUGGUGCUGAAGUUUCCCACCAACUCGCCGGUGACCCAUGUGUCUGCCCAUACCCAGCCGGGGUCGCCAGGGGGCGCUCUCGUCACCGUUACCGCCAGCCGGAUCUUUGGCAUCAACAAGUGGCACUGCGUGGCAGAUACUCCUGGCACAUCCUUCCCAGGGCAGAUGUGCCACCCGCCAGUGGAAAUGGACCCCCUCCUCGCCAGUGGCCCUCCCCCACCCCGGCGGCAGAUUGCUGACCCGCUGGACCGCAGUGUCUGCCUUCACGCCCACAGCGUUGUGGUAACGGCGGACGCACGUUUCAUCCUGGCCUGCGGCUUCUGGGACGGCAGUUUCCGCAUUUACUCCGCAGACUCAGGGAAGCUGUCCCAGGUUGUGUUUGGGCAUCGUGAUGUGGUCACAUGUCUGACCCGCUCUGAGUCCUACAUGAAUGGCGACUGCUACAUUGUCUCGGGGUCCCGGGACGCGGCUCUGCUGCUCUGGUACUGGAACGGAAGGACUGGUGGCAUCGGAAAGAACGGCGGCCAGCGGGAAACACCCAUGGCGAUGAUGACCGGCCAUGGCCAGCAGGUGACGUGUGUCAGCGUGUGUGCAGAGCUGGGCCUCGUCCUCAGUGGCUCCGCAGAUGGUCCAUGCCUCAUUCACUCCAUAACUGGGGACCUCCUGCGGACGCUGGAGAGUCCGGCAGGCUGCCAGCAUCCCCUGCUAGCGCGGCUGUCCGGCGAGGGUCUGUGCGUGGUCUGCUACCAGCAGGGUCAGAUCUGCACCUUCAGCAUCAAUGGCAAGCUGCUGGCCCGAUGCGAGCUGGACGAGGAUGUCAGGGCCAUCCUGCUGAGCCCUGAUGGGCAGUGCGUGUUCUCUGGGGGUGAUGGAGGUGUGCUGAGGGUCUGGCGAGCCCAAAACCUCCAGCAGCUCUUCAUCUACCCUGGCUGUGAUGCAGGCAUCUGCUCCCUGGCCAUGUCACAUGACCAGAGGUGCGUCAUCGCCGGAAUGGCAUCAGGGAGUAUGGUGAUCUUCUACAGCGACUUCAGCAGGAGGCCAGAGCGGGCUGCAGCAAGGGCCAGCGAGAUGCCCCCCUGCCAGGAACAUGUGGGGAGUGUUAACUGACGGACACCUGGGGGGGGCAAGCUUUUAAAAGGCACUGCUCAUAUUUUGUAUUUUGUAGAUCCUGUUGAAUUGUAUAAAAACACAGUUUUUUAUAUGAUCUGAAAGAAAAACGGUUUUAGCUUUAAUAUAUUUGAAGUCGUGCUGAGGAUUAUAGAAAGUUGUCUUAAUCUCGCCCUGUUUUGGGAAUAUGGUUUUAUUACACGUUCCAGGAACCUUGAAAUGGACUGAUUCCCCGACCUUGGUUUGUCCAUAAUACUGAAGCGUGUUUCCUUAACCACAGUACGUCACCCCCAUCAUGUCCCCUUAACUGCAGCAUGUCACCUCAUGCAUGUGCUGUGCUUUAUGGAGAAACACGCAGCUUUACAGAAAGAGCUGGGACCGGGGGGAGGGGGGGGGGGGAUCAUCGGCCCCAUUCAUGUUUUAUUAUUUCAUUACAAAAUGACACUGAAACUGUCUCAGACCUACAGAUGUGAAAACCUAAACCAAUGGCGUAUUCUGGCAAGAUCUGUGCGGGCAGGACACCUCACUCCUGAUCCCGCCAGAGAAGGAGAGAGAGAGAGAGAGAGACAGACAGACAGAGAGAGACAGACAGACACGCCACCAACACCAGUUCCUGUACAAUUAAUAACACUUUUACUCACAUUUAUGGAGGUUUUUUUUUCUGACCACAUCCCUUCAUUGUUAGCUUUAGCUAACUUCCUCCUCUGAAUGCGCUGCAUAAACAUGCAUCUCCAUCAUCCAUUCGUUCAUCUUUGUAUUAUUAAAAAAGGUUUUUUUUUCUCUUUAGCGUUAAACGCUUAUUGCCUGUUUGGCUAAAAUUGUCUACAAACAAGUCAUACCCUCCUCAUCAGAAACGUGCUCACAAGUAACAAAACGUCAAACGCGCCCCCCCUUCUUAAAGGGGCCGAUGCUCACGUUCACAGCCAUGAGCACGCAAACACAGAUCCCUUCAUGAUCAGGCGUGAUUUCUAGAAAAGAACAGCGAUACGAAGCAUAGUAACAGCUAAUGACUUCAGCGAUAUAAUGGAAACUAAGGGUGUCUUGCUACAACACAGAAGGAUGCGGAAUCACGGACAGAUGGAGAACAGCCUGCUCCUGACCCGGUGAAGGGAGGCGGAGAAUGGCGCACGGUAUAAACGGGCCGCGGCAGACCCUGCAUGGG